UUUUCAGAAAAUGAGAGUUGAGAAAACAAAAACUCGCCGUGGAAAAAAUUUUCUUGAAGAUAGAGCGCCAAAAUUAAUAGAAAAUGACAAAACAGCAAUAAUAAUGAGAGGAAAUAAAAUGUCAGAAAUUGUUGGGAAAGUAUUAAAUGAAUUGUAUUUAUUAAAGAAACCUUUAGCCACAAAAUUAAUGAGGAAAAGAGAAAUCCAUCCAUUUGAUGAUGAUUCUUUGCUUUGUAAUUUCUCUAAAAAAUUUGACAGUUCUCUUUUUGUUUUUGGGUCAAGUUCGAAAAAACGUCCAAAUACAUUGACAUUUGGCCGGUUUUUUGAUCAUCAAAUGCUUGAUAUGAUUGAAUUACAAAUAGAAAAAUUUGUUUCUUCAGAGGAAUUUAAGGCUGGAGGCGUUGCAGCAGGCACAAAACCUUGUAUUAUUUUACAAGGUUCUUUAUUUGAAUCAGACCCGACACUUCAACGUUUUGGUAAUUUAAUGGUAGAUUGGUUUCGCGGUCCUGUUGUAGAAACUGUUAGGCUUCAAGGGCUUGAAUUAAUUAUUUCUUUGACUGCUUUGGAUGAAAAGAAAAUUCUUUUACGUUUUUACAAAACAUUACUAAAACGAUCACCAAACUCUGAAAAUCCAAAAGUGGAAUUAAUUGAAUUGGGGCCUCAAAUUGAUUUUAAAUUGGAUAGAAGUAAAUUGGCUAGUGAUGAUCUUUUCUCUACUGCUCUUAAAAAGCCAAAACAAGAAUCUAAUAAGCCAAAAGACAAAAAUACAAAAUUCGAUGCUUUUGGAAAUAAAAUGGCAAAAGUACAUACAGGCAGACAACGAUUGGAUGAAAUACAAACAAGAAAGGUUAAAGCUCUUAAAAGAAAACGGUCAAAGAGUGAAAAUAUGGAAAUUGAUGACUAA